CUCCUGUCCAGCCAUGGCUAUGGCCGUUAGGUCGCAAACGCCAGUGCAGGACACUUACGGCUCCAUCCUACACCACCCCGAUCUGCUGUUGAAUCGCGGUUACAGCACGCGCUCCAGCUCCCGACCGAAUUCGAUCGUCGCCAGCACCUCCGGUUACCUUGCGCACGGCGCCAACCCUGAGGCACCAACCUCCCACCCGUUUAACGGCCGCUUCCACGAGGAAUUCGAUGUCGCCAGUCAGCGUGACUCGGUUGUUGUGGACGGACCAUCCGGCAUGCAGCGAUCCGCUUCCCAAAUGUCACAGACCCGUUCCGCGACCCCGACGCGGACCAGUACAUUGAAGAAGAAAGCAUCCCUCAGCAAGAGGGGCAGUAUGCGCCGCAGCGGUAGCAAGCGCAGCUUGCGCGCGGGUAGCGUACGGAGUCUGGUUUUGGGCGACAAAGAGAAGUAUGGCGCCGAUGGCGAAGAUCCGAACAGCGCCUUUUAUGUUCCUAUUCCCACGAAUGGAAGCCCGACUGAGGUCCUUGCAAAUCGCUUUCAAUCAUGGCGCAAGGUCCUGAAGGACCUCAUUAUCUUCUUCAAGGAGGUCCAGAAGUCCUACGAAACCCGAUCGAAAUUGUUCCUGUCAGCAUCCAACAUUAUGCAAAACACAUCGCUUCCGCCCACGUUCCUCAAGUCUGGAGGUCUGUCCGAUGCGACCGAGAUUUUGCGUGAUUUUCACCGACAAGGAUACCUGGAAGCGAACAAAGCCGCGGAGGUGGAAAGCGAAGUCGUGAACCAGCUCAUGGGCCUGCGAAACGAUCUGCAAAAGAAGACCAAGGAAAUCCGGGGUCUCUCUGGUGAUUUCCGCAACUCCGUGGAAAAGGAAGUCGACGCCACCCGCAAGACGGUCCGACACUUGCACGAGGCGCUGGGUCUGGUUGACACCGACCCUUCCGCAACCUCCGGCAGAGGCGAUCCUUUUAUUGUCCGACUGGGCGUAGACAGGCAAAUUGAGAAGCAAAUCGAGGAGGAAAACUACCUACACCGAGCCUUUUUGAAUCUGGAACAUUCUGGUCGCGAGCUCGAAUCCAUCGUUGUAGGCGAGAUUCAGAAAGCAUAUAACGCAUAUGCCAGCAUACUCAAGCGUGAGGCAGACGAGACAUACGACACCGUCGAGAAACUCCGCGCGGGGCCGAUCUCCAUGCCUCACGAUCACGAGUGGAACUCUUUCAUCGCGAACACGGAUGAACUGGUCGAUCCGCGCGUUCCUCUUCGCGAUGUGGAGAAUAUCACAUACCCGGGUAGGGAUCAUCCCGCGGCAGUGGAGGUCCGAUCCGGAAUGUUGGAGCGCAAAAGCAAGUACCUCAAGAGCUAUACACCCGGCUGGUAUGUUCUGUCUCCUACUCAUCUUCACGAAUUUAAAUCUGCCGAUCGAGUCGCAUGGCAACAACCGGUGAUGUCAUUGAACCUUCCCGAGCAGAAGCUGGGGUCGCAUUCGCAGCCAGACUCGACGUCGCACAAAUUCAUGCUCAAGGGGCGACAAACCGGGACAAUGCACCGGGGUCAUUCCUGGGUCUUCCGUGCGGAAUCGCACGAUACGAUGAUGGCCUGGUAUGAAGACAUCGAGAGCCUCAUCUCGAAGACUGGCGAGGCUCGGAAUGCAUAUGUGAGGCAGCAUAUCCGAACUGUGAGUGGCAUGAGUUGGCGGAACAGCAGUGAUGGGAUGGAUGAAGACGAAGCAGACCGCACACCGUACUCUGCAGAGUCAGCAGUCUUGCACCAGGAACGCCCGACGUCUCAGCCUCGCGAACCGGGCGGGCGUUUCCCCAGUGACGUGCAAAUAGACCGCCAUUUGGAGGCUCCACUGUCGCCCUCUAGUGGAGAGAGCUCUGGCGAGAGAGAUCUUCUGGCCGCAGCCGGCUCCUUACCUGAUGGUCGGGAUUCUUUCAGCAAUGAUGUAGAGAUGGGCCAGAACCGUGCGGGCAGCGCUGCAGCAGCAGCUCCAGUGGAGAGACACGAUAGCUACUAUGGCAGCUGGAUGGGCACGUCAGACGGCGGUCGACAGAGACAGCUUGGCCAACACACCCAGAACAUGAAUGACAACCGGGAAAGAGUCGGAUCUGAUCGAGGGAGUACCGCCAAUUUAUAUGUGGCGGGGCUUGGGUCCGCAAAAUCUCGCGACCCUUCUUUGACCCGCCAGAGGGAGCGCGGCGAGAGCACAUCAACCGCACCAACCACGACGAAUGUAACCGACUACACUCAUACCACCGUGCCGACGUCGAUUGAUGAACGGGAAGAAUCCGACGCUCAAGAUGACGGCCUGGUGGGCGACGGUGUGGGCAUUACGAAGCAGCAAUCGGCGGCUUCGGUAGACGGCUCAUUGCGGACGCCACUGGCUGGACCUGUCACAACUGAUCCGGCGGCUGCCUCGCAAACCGGAAGCCUCAGGCGUCCUCCACCGCAGUCUAAGAAUAGUGUUUCGACGCUUGAACUGCAGAUUCCAGGCCAUUAUCCUCCCACCGGUAUGGCUGCGUAAGCAACAACCGUGCUCUUGCGUGCAACAAGAGGCGCACUGUUGCUGAUUUCCUAUGUUAACCAUUUUCUUUUGUUGAUUUCCUUUGUUCCUUUCCUAUGUACAUUAUUCUCACGCAUGCAUAUGUGGAUGUGGUGACCUUCUGUCACAUCAGAAGGACGACCACUCACUUCCAAAACCGGGAACGCUGAAGUCAGGCAAUGAGCCUACUACGCUGCGCCCCUAACAUUUUUGACAUAUCACUUUAUCGGCGUUGCAAUGUGACAGGUGGUGGUAAUCGGUCGAUGGAUGGACGGACCGGAUGGACGGCUGGAUGAUCAAGGCGUUUGGUACAAUUCUGGAUAACUGGCUGGGGACUUGUUUCUUUCUUUAUUUCUUGCACUUAUGCACCGUUUGCGAUGCCUGGUUUCUUCAGUUCUCUGUACAAUAUUCCCCGACCAUUUGGACUUCUUCAAUUCUUCAUCUUAUUUCUGCUUCAGCUGGUUGAUCUAAGCUUUCUUUCUGCGUCUGAUAUUUUGCAUGCUUGCUGCUUUGCUUGUUUUGAACCUGGUCUGGUCGUCGGGAGUUUGAAUCCUCGGAUGGUAGCAUGCAAACAAACACACGGAUCGUUUGUCUUUGAGCAGGACUUUGGAUAUUUAUCUAUAUAGCUUGCGAAUGAACUGAACUGAAUUCACAACAUGCCCUCUGGGAAGAUAAAUAGGGAGGCGCU